AUGGAGACAAAACAGACUCACAUCCAUGCAGCUCUGCUCUAUGUCCUGCUGUGCAGCCCGCAGUGGGUGAUGUCAGACUCAGAUGAAGUUGUCCUGACUGAGUGGGAGAUCUGGAAGAACAGCCACAGUGUAUCCUAUGAUGAAAUGGAUGACAUGCAAAGAAGGGCCAUCUGGGAGGAGAAUAAGCAGAUGAUUGAAGACAAUAAUCAAGAGUUUUUCAUGGGGAUGAGGCCGUUCACUAUGGCUAUGAAUAAAUAUGGAGACCUAACAAGACAGGAAUACCAGGUUCUGCAAGGUGCCACAAUAGAUACCCAGUUUGCAAAGAGAGGGAAGGCCAUCUCUGCCCGAAGGCUGCGUAACAAUGCUAAGAAGCUAGAUGGUUGGUUUGUUGACUACAGGAAUAUGGGUUAUGUCACUCAGGUGAAAGAUCAGGGUUACUGUGGCUCAUGCUGGGCAUUCAGCACUACGGGAGCUAUUGAGGGACAAUUAUAUAAGAGGACCGGUCAACUUAUAUCCUUGAGUGAGCAGAAUCUGGUGGACUGCUCCAAGUCGUAUGGUACCUAUGGCUGCAAUGGUGCUUGGAUGGCCAAUGCUUAUGACUACGUGAUCAACAAUGGGCUGCAGUCAACAGACACCUACCCUUACACCUCACUGGAUACCCAGCCCUGCUACUACAACAGCAGACUUGCGGUUGCUCAUAUUAAAGACUACAGGUUUAUACCCAAAGGAGAUGAACAGGCUCUGGCUGAUGCCGUGGCAACUAUUGGUCCAGUCACAGUGGCUGUUGAUGCUGAUCAUCCAAGCUUCCUGUUCUACAGUUCAGGAAUAUACGAUGAGCCUAACUGUAACUCCAAUAAUCUGAGUCACGCAGUGCUGCUGGUUGGCUAUGGCUCUGAAGGAGGCCAGGACUAUUGGAUCAUCAAAAACAGUUGGGGGACCAACUGGGGUGAAGGCGGCUACAUGCGAAUGAUCCGGGAUGGCAAAAACACUUGUGGCAUUGCAAGCUAUGCCUUGUACCCUAUUUUAUAA